UUGGAUUCGGGGAUAGACGCCAUUCUGGCUGCGGAGGACCUAUAUUCUGAUUUCCGGAAUAGCUGGGAUUAGACUGCGACCCGUACAUAUCUGGCAAUCCUUCGUCAGCGACUAUGAACGAUCGUCGCCGGGAGGGAAGAGGUGGGAGGUCAUUUCACUCAGACAGCAGAGGAAGAAAGAGAAGAAAAAGGGUCGGCUGACCGUCAGUCCGUCGAGCAGCCCCAAAAUGACACGAGACAACUUUAGCAACGGCACAUGUGGCCCCCAAGGCUUGCUGGAGAUAUCGAAAUCUUUGACGAGAAAAUUCAAGAGGCAAAUUAUAGCAUUCCUGUUUGUGUCAAGCAAGCUGUUUUCUCUUGUUGUUUUUCUGGCGCAUCUCCGAGAUACGACCCAUUAUCUCCGCCAGCCAAAUGCCCCACUUCCACGAACACCUCUCUCUCUCCAUCAAUCUGAUAUAGGAGUCAUCAUUAAUUAUGCCCAACAAAUUAUUAUUAUACUGCUCAGAUGAUCAUGUUCAUCUCCUGUGACGGGUAAUGGAUGGAACUG